AUGCGCAACAGCGAUACCUAUAGUGGUAUUAAAUCUUUUCAUCAAGCCUCCAAGUUCGUUCAAAAAGUAUUUUCGGACGUAGCCUUUUUUUCGCAUUUAAGAACUCUUAUUACGUAUCCACUUUCUCAUAAGGAAAAACUUUCGCAGGAAAUUUACACAAUAGUAGGAGGUGCCAAGACUGAUCACGUGUUAAAUGCAGAAAGGCAAAAAAAGGCAAAAACAUACGACAGCGGGGAUUCGCUAGUGGUCACCCACCUAACUACUAAUCCGCCGGUAAACUGCUUGUAU